AUGUUCCAUUCGAAAGCCUUCAUAGCUUGUUUACUUUUUAUUUUCAUAUCCCUGGCAACAACUUUCCCACAAAGAGUGUCACAACCUAAAAUAUGUGGAUAUAAGAGUUGUAACCCAGUCAAAGAAGGAAUGAUUAAUGUGCAUUUGGUACCACAUACACAUGAUGACGUUGGCUGGUUGAAGACAGUUGAUCAGUAUUAUUAUGGAGCAAAGAACAAAAUCCAAAAUGCUGGUGUGCAAUAUAUUCUGGAUUCUGUUAUCCAGGAAUUAUUGAAAGAUCCAAGCAGACGAUUUAUUUAUGUGGAAAUGGCUUUUUUUUGGCGUUGGUGGCAUGAACAGUCUAAUAAUAUGAAACAUGUUGUGCAAAACCUGGUUAAUGAAGGACGUUUGGAGUUUAUUCUUGGAGGUUGGUGCAUGAAUGAUGAGGCCACCACACAUUACAGUGCCAUCAUUGACCAACAUACACUAGGUUUUGAUGUCCUCUCAUCAAUUUUUGGUGACUGUGCACGACCAAGAGUUGCCUGGCAAAUUGAUCCCUUUGGUCACUCAAAGGAAAUGGCUUCUUUAUUUGCACAGAUGGGAUUUGAUGGAUUAUUCUUUGGUCGUGCUGAUUACCAAGAUAUUAUUAAUCGAUUCUUGAAAAAACAAUUAGAAAUGGUUUGGAAAGCCAACGAAAAUCUUGGUGAUGAGAAAGAAAGGGAGAAAGAAUAUGAAGAUUUUCGAUUGCAGAGAGACCCUAACGAGUCUUUCGUUCUCCACAUCCCACACGACGUUGACACCAAUGUGUUUGGCACCAUCGUCAACGUCGUUGACGUAGAUAACGUCGGCGACGUUGACGGUGGCGGUGGCGAUGACCUCACAGUUUUUCUCUCCGUGUCAGCGUCGUCGUGUUCGUCGUUGCUGUUGGGGCAGGGCUGGUGGAAGCGUUGGAUGUUGUUGUGUGUUCAAUUCGGUCAGUCAUUAUUUUUUCUUGUUCAUUCUAUCCUUGUUUUUCAUUCCAGCACCCAUCUACUGUUAUUUUUGUACUUUUAUUCUUCUGUUUUCUAUUCAAAUCUGUUUUCUCUAAACAUCUCUUUCCCCUCGAUCUUCUUUACCAUCUCUUUUCAUUCUUUUCUCGUUUGUUUUUCUGUCAAUGAUUCUUUUUACCCAUGUGUUUCUUACUCUUUACUCUCACGAAACAUUUUUUUCUUUUCAGGACGAGCACAGACUCCAGCCUUCCAUUUCUUCUUUUUUAAAAUUCUUUUUUACUGUUUAGUGUCAUCUUCUUAA